UAGGGGGGAGGGGGGGGAAGAGGGAGAGAGAGAGAGAGAGAGAGAGAGAGGCAAAGUGAGAGAGAGAGAGAGAGAGGGAAGCAGCUGGCAGUGGGGGAAGGAAAGAGAGAGAGAGUGUACAGGGAAGGGCAGGGAGGGCAGGGUGGGGGAGGAGAGACGAAUGAGAGGUGGAAGGAGAGAAAGGCAGAAGAAAAGGCAGCAACAUUGGAGGAAACAAGGAAGGAGCGACAGUGGGGGUGGGCGGAGGAGAGAUGGAAGGUUAGACCAAGACCCGAGAGCAGACGGAGGGCUCUCCAGAGUACUUUGUGAGUGACAGGGAGCGAUCGCUAAGGCCUGUGUCGCUGGGAAGUCCUCCGUUAGUGACACCGCCUGUUCACAAUGGACGAAGAAAAUAAAGAUUGACCAGUUCAAUUCCUGCACUGCCUCCAAAUUUCCCGAACUGGAUAUUCACUGGAGCCAAGUUGGACUUUGACGCGAUCUUUUCUUCUGAAUGUGGCAACGUUUAUUUUGCAAAACGUUCAGCUCCAUUCACGGACCCUCAGAUCCUGAAACAGUCCGUCUCCAAACGUAACAAGAUCUGGAUAAUAUCCAGGCUUGGGCUGACGAGGGGUAAUCCCCUGGGCUGGGGUCACCGCUCCGAGUGGAGGUUUGACCUGGAACAUUCCGGAAGCUCAGCGUUGCAGCAGGGAUGAUCACCCUGAUGGAGCUGGCCACCCUCUCUGACACACAGCCCACCCAUCGCCUGCUGAAGCCCUGGUGGGACGUGCUGAUGGACUACCUGGUGCUGGUGAUGCUGAUGGUAUCCCUCCUGUCUGCCACCCUGCUCAUUUCCCAGGACAAGGUGGUCUGCCUGCCCUGCGACCACGUACGGGCUCUGAACGCCACGCCUCGGAGUUCCUCCGCUGGCGCGGUGCCCCCACCACCCCGUCCUCACCCCCCUGAGGGGCAGGAGACAUCCGACUGUGGGAGCAGGCGUCCGUCAGGAGCUGCGGGAGACCAGCUGGGGCCAGCAGGAUCCAAAUCGCCAUCCUCCGCUCGGAGACUGAGGGCCGGAGGUUACAAAACCAACCUGGAUUUCCAGCAGUACGUCUACAUCAGUCAGGUGUGCUACCAGAAAGCCCUGCCCUGGUACUCCAAGUAUUUCCCGUACAUCGCCCUGGUGCACACCAUCAUCCUGUUGGCCGGCGGCAACUUCUGGUUUAAGUUCCCAAAGACCUCCUCCAAAGUCGAGCAUUUUGUCGCGAUCCUGGGCAAGUGUUUCGAGUCGCCAUGGACCACCAAGGCUGUCUCUGAGACCGCCAACGAGGAUUCGGAAAACAGCCAGAACCGGACCAAGAUGUUCAAGUCGGCCACCCUGGAGCCCAGCGAGAUCUCGGAGACCGGCUCCUCGCUGACCUCUCACCCCGAGGUGACCUUUGAGCCGGCGGUCAGUGGCUCACCUUCGAUGAACAUCUUGGACAAGCAGGACGGAGAGCAAGCCAAGGCUCUCUUCGAGAAGGUGCGCAGGUUUCGGGCUCACACAGAGGACGGGGACCUGAUCUACAAGUUCUACGUCGGUCAGACAGUGGUGAAAGCCCUCAAGUUCCUGGUCAUCCUGUGCUACACCUUCACCUUUGUCGACUCCAUCACCUUUGAGCACGUCUGCAAGCCCAAGAUUAAGAACGUCACGGGUUACUCCGUCUUUUUCUGCACCCACAGCAUGGCCUACAUGCUGAAGAAACUGCUCAUCACCUACAUCAUCCUGAUCGCCUUGUACGGCCUGGUCUGCCUCUAUACCCUCUUCUGGCUGUUCCGAGGGUCACUGAAGGAGUACUCCUUUGAGAAGGUGCGCGAGGAGAGCAACUUCAGCGACAUCCCUGACGUCAAAAACGACUUUGCCUUCCUGCUGCACAUGGUGGACCAGUACGACCAGCUCUACUCGAAGCGUUUCGCCAUCUUCCUGUCCGAGGGCUGCGAGAGCAAGCUGCUGGAGAUGAACCUCAACCACGAGUGGACAUACGAGAAGCUGCGGCAGCACGUCUCCAAGAACGCUCAGGGGAAGCUGGAGCUGCAGCUGUUCAUGCUGUCCGGCAUCCCCAAGGCGGUCUUCGACAUGAGCGACCUGGAGGUGCUGAAGCUGGAGUUGAUCCCGGAUGUCCGGCUGCCGGCCAAGAUGUCCCAGAUGGUGGGGCUGAGGGAGCUCUACCUCUACCACUGCCCGGCGAAGGUGGACCAAAUCGCCUUCAACUUCCUGCGGGAGCACCUCCACAUCCUGCACGUCAAGUUCACCGACAUCGGGGAGAUCCCCCUCUGGGUGUACUCCCUCAAGAACCUGGUGGAGCUGCACCUCUCGGGCAACCUCAACUCGGAGACCAACAAGGCCAUUGGCCUGGAGUCCCUCAAGGAGCUGCGGCACCUCAAAGUCCUCAUCGUCAAGAGCAACCUCUCCAAGAUCCCCUCGAACGUGAUGGAGCUGGCCACGCACUUGUCCAGGCUGGUCAUCCAGAACGACGGGACGAGACUCCUGGUCCUCAACAACCUGAAGAAGUUGACCAGCCUCUCGGAGUUGGAGCUGCAGAACUGCGAGCUCGGCAGGAUCCCGCACGCCAUCUUCAGCCUCAGCAACCUCCAGAAGCUGGACCUCAAAGCCAACGGCAUCCAGAGCAUCGAGGAGAUCGUCAGCUUCCAGCACCUCAAGAGGCUCUCCUGCCUCAGACUGUGGCACAACGCCAUCUCGUGCAUCCCCGCCACCAUCGGUCUGAUCAGGAACCUCGAGCAGCUGUACCUGUCCAACAACAAGCUGGAGACCCUGCCCGCUGCCCUGUUCACCCUGAGGAAGCUGCGAUACCUGGACCUCAGCCACAACCUGCUGACGGCUGUGCCGCCUGACAUCCACCUGCUCCAGAACCUGCAACACUUCUCCAUCACCAAGAACAAGGUGGAGACCCUGUCCCUCCAACUCUUCAGCUGCCUCAAGCUGAGGUCCUUGCAGCUGGGUCAGAACUGUAUCGCCCACAUCCCCCCAGAGAUCGGACAGUUAUCACAGCUCACCUACCUCGAGCUGAAAGGGAACCACCUGGAGAGGAUUCCUCCCGAGAUCGGCAGCUGCCUGUUGCUCAGAAAGAACAGUCUGAUCGUUGAAGACCUUCUGUUCGAUCACCUCCCCACUGAGGUCAAAGAGCACUUCACCGAGCAAGACUUUACCUCCAUUGUCUGACCUCCGCUGGGAGUCUGGGCCUCCUCUCAGUGGGGCCCAGAGGUCCCUGUGUUGUACCAGGACAGACCUCACAAUAAGUCAGGCUUCUCCUCAGGCUGGGUGACAGGACAGCUUCCCAUCUCCUGAAGUUCUCUCAGGGUGGGUUCCAACACGUCGGCACUUCCAAUGGUCUUCUCGAUGUAUAUAUCCGGCCGGUGAUUCCAGCCAACACUUACCUCGGAGCGUUAGUUAGAGGCUUCAUCGUAGGAUAGUCUGAGGUGGGAAUUCACGUGUGGAUCUGGGAAAUCUUACAGACCCUCCAGACCACAUCCGGGGGGGGUGGGAGAGAGGGGAUUCUGACUCACUGA